AUGGAAACCGCCAUGAGUGCUUUGCAAAGUCUUGCCAGCACUCCAAGGGACAGCUCGAUCUCUUCACAAAACCUUUCGUCGUACUUCACACCGCCCACCACUGACCUAAUGACUUUCCAAUAUAAGGGGCAAGUUUCCGCCGUUCAGCUCUCCGUUAAUGGUCUUAAUAUUUCUUAUUCGCCAGAGACAAACUCCUUCGCUCCUUUCCGCAUGACGGGAGGACAAGCAUACCUUCUCCAAGGUAAUUUUGCCCAGGAAGACUUACUAUGGUCAACUUCGAAGACUCAGCCAUCUGCUCUGCCUCCAAAAAUGCUUCUACCCUUGGUAACGACUGAUCGUGCUGUCAGAGUCAUCGCAGCUGUCAGUCGCGUUGCGAUGAUUUGCCAAACAUUCGGCUUGACCGUGGACGAGCUUGAGUUCUUGAGUUUGCCUAAUGCAUCGACAAUGCUCUCAGUGGACCUCAAUCAGCCCAACCUGCAAGAUUUGGUCCGAUUACAAGAAUAUGUGGAGCUGCGCAAACCCACGAGCUCAAACAAUACCACUAAAACACUUAUUUCUCUGGUCUCCUGGCUAUCAACUGGCAGCGAUACUGAUCUCAACGCUAUGGUUUCAAGAAUACCAGAAAGCACAGGUUGGGCAGCGUCCCGUAUAACGAUUGCAAUCAAGACAAAAUACGUCAAGCUGCGCGAAGACCAAAUCAUGGCUCUGAUUCAGAAAGACGAACGGUUUCUGUACUCGCUCCAGGGCAUACUUGGACUUCAUGAAAGAAUCGCACAGGAGGUCAGCACUGCUUCACAGCCGUCUUUAGCAGUGUUAUUCAGCUUGAGCUCUCCACGCAAGAUUUUGACUGCAGACGAUAAUAGUUUCGCUCGAACUUUGCAAAUGAAGUUGCAGCCAGAACAGCUUGCUGCUGCUGAGGAUCGGCUUGCUCAGAGUCAGCAGACUGCACUGAUUCAGUUCUUGCUACAGAAAUCAUACGUACGCGACGGUUUGAAAAUCGAUAGCGCUAACGGAUUGUUCGAGCAUUUCCUCAUGGAUGUUCAGAUGGGUCCACAACUACGAACUUCACGUGUGAAACAAGCCAUCUCAGUGAUUCAGUUAUUCGCACAGCGCUGUCUACUAGGAUACGAAAAAGACAUUGACAAGAACGCUUUAGCUCGAGAGAAGUGGGACUGGAUGCAGCAGUAUUCUCUAUGGGAAGCCCAACGCAAGCUCUUCCUGUAUCCGGAGAACUGGCUCGAGCCCUCAUUGCGCGAUGAUAAGAGCGAGCUGUUCGAGCAAUUGGAGACAAGUCUCAUGCAGAAAGAUUUGUCGCAAACAACUGUUCUUGAAGCUCUUAAACUAUACAUACAGGGCCUGAAUGAUAUAGCCACGCUCGAGAUUGUAGCUUAUCUUCGCGAAGUAAGAGAAGGCGACGAAGUCUACCACCUAUUUGGAAGGACUCGCUGCGCCCCUUCUGCACUAUAUCAUCGCACUUUGACAGUAACAAGACUUGGCGCGAAGUCGGAUCUGAUCUGGCGACCAUGGCGAAAAAUUGACAUGGACAUCCCAUCGGUAGAAACUGAAUGGGAUGGAAACAGGCUCGCUUCUACCGGCUGCUAUUUGCUGCCUUUCAUUCAAAAUCGAAGGCUCUAUUUAUUCAUGCCUCAAGUUACGCUCAAAACUGUCAGCACUACCCCUGAUAUACUGAACAAAACGGAGACCAAGUUUGAAACGCUACGCGAGGCACCCGCGGCCACAGCUGUCCCAAAGAGGGUCUGGGAGGUAACUAUGGCAUGGACAGAGUGUGUGAGGGGGGUCUGGGCGCCGAAACGCGUGUCCGCGGGAGGUGUCACCAUACCCUUUCAGCAACAGUCCAUAGCCCAAUUCCGUUUCGACCCAAUUAUUGACAACAAUAAUCUCACGCUGUUGGUUAGCGUAUCUACAGGAAGCUCAAAAGGGGUCGCUGUUGGGCGAUUUGCAUUUUCGAAUGGUCAAAUCAGUUUGGUCGAGGCAGUCGUGUCCGGCAGUCUUUGGUCGAAGAUUGGUGCGGUAGAGCAAAACUCCUGGGCUCCAGCUCGUCCGCUGCAGCCAAGAUUUCAGUCCACAAAAGUGGUUGCAGAUUCCUCGAACAAGGACUAUGCCUCAGCUGCUCUGCCGCAAGAUAGCGAGAAGGACGCGAAUCUACAAAGAAAUCGCAACAAUGUUCUUUGGGUUCCACCGGCCAUAGAUGCGCUCAUUCGAAGCAAGAGCAGUCUGACUAUGUCUGAGACCUGGUUAGAAUUGUCAUGGACUCUACCACCGAAUCAUAUAACACCAGGAAUGUCGACGCUCGAUCAGGAUACUUGGACCCCGAAUAUUGGUGGCCCAUAUACUGCACUGGCUGUUAGCGGGAAACAUGGAGAUGGAAGCGCAACGAGCUAUUUUAUGGUACCUCGGGAGGAUCCCAGUGGGACAUGGUGGACUCCCACCAAUCUUCGCAGCAAGAUGGAUCUGACCGUGGUCGAUCACACCUUCUCGGAUGGUUUGAUGAAAGCGACAACGAGCCAAAUGAAUCCAUUCAAGAACAUUUACUCUUCUUUAGCGACACUUUCUGCACGAAGGGGCAGGGAGGCUUGGGGAGCCCGCCAAGAUCUCCCUGCUCAUGAACUUGGGCAACCAAGCGCGAUCUAUAAUUGGGAAAUUGGUCUGCACGCCAUUUUGUUUGCCGUAGAUCGUCUUGCAUCCACCCAACAAUACGAAGACGCGCUCGAACUCGCACGGCUUGUGUUUGAUCCCACCGCCGACGUAAAGGGAGAUCGUCUGGUAAAGCGCACCGAGACAACAACGAACGGCCAGACGACUACGACGGACGCUGAUGUCAUCUCAUAUCUCAACAAUCGCGCCGAUGUGUUAGACAUCUCACAAAGUGAAAAAACUAAGAAAAGCCUGGUCAAUGUUCAAGAUGUGACGUGUUGGCGGUUUCCACCUUUCCAGGACAUCGCUCGCAAGAUCGUGGAUGACAGAAAGGAUGCAGACCUGAACAUGAGCGACAUGCAUAAUCUUCUCCAGCCUGCCGUCAUGGAGCGGCGCUCAAGUGGUACCUUAGUCCAUGCUACGGCACGCGGUCAACCACAAGCAUACAUGAAAUGGAUUAUGAUGAAAUAUGUCGAGAUCUUGGUAGCAUGCGGCGACAUUUACUUUCGCCGAAGUACCCUUGAGAGCCUGCCACUUGCUAUUCAACGGUAUAUCGAAGCUGCCUAUGUCUUGGGUGAGGAGCCUCCUAAAGUGCCUCAGUUGGCCAAUCGAAAGAUCCGAGGAAAGACUUUUAGCGAUCUGAGUGACGAAGAUAGUCUGUUUGAGCUUGGUCAACCGUUCACACCUGAACUUGAGGCCAGUCCAAACCAAUCGAGUGAGGAAACAGACGCGAAGAAGGAAAAGAUUGUAUGCUUCUUGAAGACGCAAUAUUUUGGGGUACCCAUGAAUCCCAAGUUCAAGACUCUCCGUGCUUUGGUGGGCGAGCGCUUGUUCAACGUGAGAAACGGUCUCGAUAUUCAAGGUCGCCCAGUGUCUUACUCGCUGAUGGAGCCAUUGAUUGAUCCUGGCGCCCUCAUAGCGCUGGACAAGGCGGGCUUCAGCAUGUCAAAUACUUUAGCCAUGGUCAUGGGUGAUCAAAACAGUCCAUUACCACGACAGAGGUUUGAAAUACUCCUACAGCGUGCUUUAGAGCUAUGUGCAGAACUCAAGAGCCUCGGAGAACGCAUGGUUUCUGCUAUUGAAAAGAAGGAGGCAGAGACGUUCGCAUCAUUGCGAGCGAGACAUUCCACAAAUAUCAAUCGCAUGAUGCUGGACAUGAAGAAUGCGAGUCUUCGCGAGGCGGAGCAGUCUAUUGAAGCAUUGCAGAUUAAUUGCGAUGAUAUGGUGUCGCAGCUGGCAUACUACCUCGAGCUGGCCGGAGAACCAUCUUCUCGCAUUCCUACAAGUAAAGAUCCAUGGAUUGAUAUCGACCAAGACAUUGACGUGCCUACGGACGACGAUUUACGGAUGUCACGUCACGAGAAAGAGGAACUCGACAAGGCCGACUCAGCUUCCAACCUGACUUUGAUAGCUCAAGGUAUUGACACACUCGUGGCGCCAUUCUUCAUGGUCCCCACCAUUUCUAGCAACGUGCAACCUAUGGGUGUGGGCGCCACCGUCACGCUCGGAGGCGGUUCAACUAUCGCACAAAUGAUGCAAGCCGGCUCUGCUGCGCUGCGUGUAGCAGCCAUGAUCAAAUCGGACGACUCGGUUCGUGCUGGACGCAAAGCGCAGCUUACACAACAGCUCCAGGAUCGUCGUAUGCAGGCCAACAUGCGUGGUCGAGGAAUAAAAGGCAUCGACAAGCAGAUCGAGAUCCAGCGUACCAGAAUUAAGAUCGCCACCCAAGAAAUUGAGCGCCAACAGGUCGAAAUUGAUGAGUGCGCCCAAAUUGAGGAAUGGUACAGAUCGAAGUAUAGUAGUGCUCAACUCUACGCCUGGAUGGAGAAGAGUCUUCGGAGCGUUUACUUCCAAGCGUAUACUCUCGCUAUGGCCGUCGCGAGUCGAGCAGAAAGUGCUGUCAAUUUCGAGCAGGGUCGCAAAGCUUCCAUCUUACGCCCGGGAGGCUACUGGGACGCGUCUCGCGAUGGGUUGCUCGCAGCAGAUCAUCUAUAUCUCGAUCUCAAACGGCUCGAGACCAGACAUCUCGAGUCCCGUCCAUACGACUUUGAACUGACUAAGACAGUGUCCAUACGACAGAUCAAUCCACUCACGCUACUACGUCUGCGAAGCACCGGGAGCACUGUGUUCUCGCUCGACGAAAGUCUCUUCGACCUCGACUUUCCUGGGCACUACAUGCGUCGCAUCCGCUGCGUCACAGUCACCGUCCCAGCCGUUGUGGGAGCCUUCAAUGGCAUCAACGCUACGCUCACACUGAUCCAGCACAAAUACCGCAUCUCCACCCUCGUCAACUCAGCAGAAGAGUACGCUUCCGCCGCCACCGCCUCUGCAACCGGCGCUUUCCAAACCGACAACCUACCCAUCACAUCCGUAGCCAUUUGCUCUGGCUCCGAUGACCCAGGCGCAUUCGAUCUCUCCUUUGGCGGCCCGCAAUACGUCCCCUUUGAAGGUGCAGGCGCAAUCUCCACCUGGCGUCUCGAGUUCCCCUCCACUAUCCAACGCUUCGAUUUCGAAUCCAUCAGCGACGUUGUGCUUCGCGUGCAAUAUACCGCUUCUGACGGCGGCGCACGCCUCCGCUCAUUUGCAAAUACCACAGUGUCGAAUGCCAUCAAGGCCAUUACUGAUUCGCCUGCUGCUCGCAAGGAUGGGCUGUGGGCCAUGCUCGAUCUGAAAACCGACUUUUCAAACGAGUGGUACGGCUUUGCUAAGCGCAUGGUUGCAGGUGCGAACGGCGAUGUGACCAAUGCGAAUGUCUCGCUACAGCUAGGUAAUGUGAGGGAUCGUCUGCCCUUUUGGGCACGCAAUGUGCCUACGCUCAAGAUCAAAUCUGUCUCGUUGGUUGGCAAGGAUACAAAGGUACUGGGUAGUAUCAAAAUCUCUGCGUGCGAUGGUACGACCGCCAAGGAAGGGGAUAAGAUCGGUGAAUGGCGUGUGUUGAAUUGGAUCGAUGUAGCCAUCGAUAGGAAGGGUAUGGAAGGAUGGGUGUUGUCGGCGGAGGCGAAGACGUGCGAGGGUAAGGAGCCAGGAGCUGCAUACAUGUUGUUGCAGUAUACCUUGUGA